AGAAUAAUACCUCAUUCUUGGAUAUACACGUACCAUACCGUUCAGUAUUUUUACUAAUAAUAGGUUUGCAAAUAAUUGAAAAUAAUUAUGAAUAUUUUUACCGAAAGCUCCAAAAUUGUACAUUGAUCACAGAGUACGAUGAUUUGCAGAACAUCAUUUUUUUCUGGUAAUUAGCAUUUGAUAGACGAUAGUAAGACUUUUCAAUUUGCACCCUAAAUUCUGAAACGUUUAUGAAUUCGUUAUCUUUACAACAUUAAAACUGUGCCAAUUUCUCGCACUUUAGCAGUGACAUAUAUUAUUAUAAACUUUAGAUAAUUGAAAUCCACAAAUGAACGAAACACUUCUUUAAGAAAACGCAACAAUUUAACAUAUUUGGUACUUAUUGACAUCAUCAAUUAUCCAUAAACUGAAACACAGCAAAAAACGCGCAUGCACUCAGUAGGAGUUGUUGUUUUCUUACUUUUAUCUCUUCAUUAAGAAUCGCGUAAAGCCUAGUUAUUUAUACAUAGUAACCAAACUAAUGCAAAUGUAACUCACCAGACACUUCUCACAUUCAUCUGAAAUAAAGAAGUUCUUUUUUAUCCUGUGUCUGUGUGUACUUUUUUAAUAAAUUAUUUCAGAAAAUAACAGCAUAACCUCUGAAAAUGCCGAAAGAUAACAAAGACGAUCUAUGUUUGGAAGACGUUCGAACAGAUGGAAGUUACUGUAACAUGCUAGUUGAACUUGUGUUUGACAUUCUAUCUGAGCGACUUUGGACAUCACCAUUUACAAAUUACCACGUCUUUGGACAAAGUGUCAUGAUGCCGAUGGAAGACAGAUCUACAACUCAACAAUAUCGAUUGAUUGAUACUACCUGUACAGGUGAACAUAUUACUUCUGAAAAGCAAACUAUCCGCACGAUUGAUGCUACCUGUACAGGUGAACAUGUUACUUCUGAAAAGCAAACUAUCCGCACGAUUGAUGCUACCUGUACAGGUGAACAUAUUUCUGCUGAUCAGCAAACUGUCCGCUCGAUUGAUACUAUCUGCACAGGUGAACACAUGACCGCUGAUCAGCCAACUGUCCGCACGAAUGACAGUACAACGAGCAACGAAGACACAUCGUUAACAAUUGAGCGACUCGAAUCCAGGGUUGAAGAAGACGCACAACCAUCCUAUCAAGACUAUUCGGAUAUAAAUGGGCCAGACAGCAACGAUAAUUGUGUGACAAUUUAUAAUAGACGUAUUAAUCACGAAUUGAAUAAGGCUGUAGAUAAGGCUGUAGAUUGUAUUGAUCAGAGAGCAGAAGGUGCGCUUUUAUCAAUUUCUCGGGAAGGAAGGGAAGUUCUUAAAAACAAACAAAGUAGUGUCAUUUUAAAAGACUCAGAUAAAGCCAAAAAGGACUUUCUUGUAAUUCAUUCAGAAAUUGAUGAGCGACAAGCGUGGCUGUUUAUGAAAAACAUAAAAGAAACAGGUAAUAAAAACAACAUUAUGCCACCUGUGACGGGUGAAUUGCUUUGUCAUAUUCCUGGUGGAGAAGGUACUUUGGGCAGCGUAGGUGCAUGGUAUGACAAAUAUAGGUGUAUCCUUGUAUUUGUAACAAACGAAUUUCAGACUGAUUAUUACAAAAAGUAUCAUAGCGAAUCUGUGAUCGUAUGGGGUCUAGACGUUGGAGGAGACAAACUCUAUAGAGUGGUGCCGGUGUGGGUGGAUCCCUCGAGGAAAACAUGCACGAUACCGUUCCUAAAACCAAUCGGAGGAGGGAUCCCCUACCCUAGGAAAAUGACAAGUUCUUCCGAAGAACAUGUGCUGACAACCCUUCAGUACUUUCGGGAUAAAUUUCCGUAAAUACGGUAUAGUGAAUAAUGUGUUACGUGUUUAAAAGAAAUUAGACACGUUGUAUAAUGCUCUUUUCAAAGACCUGUCAACAAGUCAAUAUACAUUUUGAACAGACUGAAAAUUCAAAAUUACAUACAAUCGGAACCUCAAUAGCGUAGACUAGAUCUGAAAACGAAGAUGCGAGUUAAUAAGGAUUUUCAACGGAUUAUUGCAAUCCACGUUAGGAAAAAGUCUGAAGGUCGUGUACCAAGCGUUGUAAAAGCCCAGUCGAUGUUAAAACAAGAAAGCACGUCAAUAGCGAACUGGACGAAAACACUAUUGUAGAACACAUGCAAAUCUUUAACAAAACGCCAUUUUCAUGCAUGGGCACUAGUAAAACAGAUGCACUUUAUGUAUAGCAGGCCAAAGUUCUUCAAAAUGACGUUGCUAUACUAACGGUUUGGUAUCGUUCGAUGGACACAAUAUAUGAGAUGUCGCUCAAAUCGUUCAUCGUCAAAACUACGUUCUUAUUAGGUAUGUUAAGACACUUCUGCAACCUUGGAGUCUGGACUGCGUUUCCUUUGUAUCUAUGGCGUCCUCAGAGCUGAGCUAUCCUACUGCGUCCUAGCCAAGGCGACGCAACACAUAGCUUCGUUUGCACGCCGCCUAAAUCCGCAUCAAACUUCACAGCUUCUUAGAAGAUCCUGACUCGCGGAAAUAGCUCAGUACGAAUGCAUGGUCGAUGUAACGCGAAUAUUUAACUUUUAACCACAACGGGUGUUUUUUCUUGAGAUGGUUAAUAAGUAAAUAAAUAGUUCAUUUAUAGUCUCGAUUAUACUGACCAUAUUGGUACUUGGAGCUUGGAACUUUGACGUGUGCAUUAUGUGCACAAGUUUGUAAUGUAAAACUAGUUCAUUAUCGUGCUUACCAUGCAAGUGCGAUGUUUGUCCUAAGUCAAGUCUGUAAAUUAACAGUUUGUAUUGUUGUUGUUUCUUCUAAAGUAUUGUGUGAUUAUUUUAAAGAUUAUGCAGAUUUGGUCUCGUCAAUAUUGAAGUUUUCCAAACUUAUAUGGUUUAGUUUGUUCAGUUUUACGUAGUUUUGCGUAAUAUACAUGUAUAAGCGUGAGUUUUAGGGAUUCAAUAAAAUCAUUUGUCGAUG